UUUUCAAGAAUGGAUCCAUUUUCAUUCCAACAAUGCCCUAUGUUUUCUGCUAUGGGUUGAGUUUGGUGUUACUCAGUGACAAGUACCAAACACGAUGAGUUUGUCUCUUCUUCAAAGCUAUUCUUCCGACGAAGACGAACACCACCAACCCUACAUCUCCAACUCCGACGAAGACCACGACGGCGACGGUGAACCCUCCACGGCGGCCCACCCCUCUCUUGCUGACAGAUCCAUCUUCGACCACCUUCCCCCCCAAUCUUCUUCUGCUCUUCCUUCCGCAUUCGACGCAUUCUCCGAAGUUUCAGGUCCACCCCAGUUCCUGAACAAUAGCGUGGAGGAGUAUAAUCCAGUAAGAGAAGAAGCUGAACAGGAACAAGAGAGGCGUGGCAGUAGGAGGCAACGCAAGGUGAAGAAGGAUUUACCUUCAGGUGCGGUGUUAGAGGCAAAACCUCAACUAGUUGGGAUUCAUGAGCGAGUAAGAAGUGAUAUCAAUGGUAGCCAACCACCAACAUCAACUACCUUGAGCACCUCAGAAGAAACCAAGCGGGUGCCAUCUGUGACCAAUCCUACUCCUGAAGAUGCUGCAGAUCUUUUGAGAAUGUGCUUGCAGUGUGGGAUUCCUAAGACCUUCUCCAAUGCACGUGGGAUGGUAUGUCCUGUGUGUGGUGAUCGCCCUCCAAAGGAUCCUAGCACAGAGACUAAGAAUAAAGGAUCAACUAUCAAAGACAAGGAAAAAUCUAAAAGGAUGAAGGGACAAUCAUCUCAUGCAAGCUGGAAGAGUGAAACAGAGAUGCACCUUAGGCAACAGUUUGAUUAGCAUUAUCAGUGUAGGUUACCUGGUAUAGCGAGACAUGUGGAUGUUUAGGACUAUGUUGUUAAAUUGCCAAACUUUGUGUCAACAGUUCAAGAGAAGUACAAGGUGAAGUACAAGGUGCUUCUGUUAAAUUGCCAAAAUUUGUUGUUAACAGUUUCAAGGUACAAGGUGCUAGAUACGAUUCUGAUAACGAUAUUGUUUUAGUAAUUUGAGUUAGAUUUGUGUUGGUCA